AUGGAGGCUGAUUGUGGUGGUCAAGAUGGAGGAUUUCCUUCUCCUCCAAAUAAAACCCCUACUGCAGUUGCUGAGAAUGAAGGGCUCAUAGGGGGUACAUCUGAGGAAAGAAACAGUACAGGCCAUAAGGGGAAGAGUGUGGAUAGACCUGAAUCCAGAUCAUCCAAUUUGGGGGAGGGAUUUUCUACAGAUAAUAUGGACAACGAUAUUAUUACCAGUUCUGAUCCUCAAUUGGAGCUGAAGACUACUCAAGCAACACAGCAGGUUGUUGAAGAAGUGACAGUGGUGCAUAAAAGAAUAUUACCUGAGUCUAUAGCAGGGAAAAAGACCUGGAAGAGAAAUACAAUUAAUGCAAGCAGAAUACCUAAAAAUGGCACAGAUUCUGCUAUGGGGGCAAGUGAGCUGCUACCAGGUAUUGACAGAAGCAUUAUGUGGGUUAGGGAUCUGAUGAAUGUGGAAGGGGACAAGUGGGAUUAA